UUAUGUUUCAUGAAUUGCACGAAUUAACUCACUCAAGUAAAUUUCACUUCCCAAAACUAAAUAACUUGUCACACGAGGAUUGAUCGCACUCUAUAAUCAAUAAACCACGAAUAACCAACUGGGGUAUCAACUCUUGCAGACAAAGAAAGCCAUCCGUCUUCCCAUCCACUCGAACCCACGAGAUUUGAAACACAGACAUCAUAGUCUCAGAACCUCACCUCUUCACCUGCGCUACCUAAUACUUUCUUACCUUCACAAACACAAAUCUACCAUUCAAAAUGUCGGAUGCAUACGAGCGCGAACGUCAAAACAAUUCUCGUCUCAAUGAACUAUCAGCAAAAGUGUCGGCAUUGAGAGGCGUUACGGUGGAUAUAUAUGAUAAUGCUAGAGCGCAAGAUGUUAUUGAUAAUACUUCUGAUACCUUCUCCAGCAUGUCUUCCUCCCUCAAAGGAUCCGCUUCGCGUCUAGGCCGUAUGGCUUCCUCCGGAAAUAAGGUCGCUAUAAUGAAACUCAGCGGAAUGAUUAUUGGGUGCGUGAUGAUUUUGUGGUUCUUAUGGGGACUGUUUGUUUAAACGAGGGAUCGGAAGCUUUACAUGAUGGAAAAGGGGAGAUGGAAGAUCAAACCUGGAAGGCAUAGGCAAGGUCAAUUUUUGAACUUGUGAGAUGCAGCGCAAGAAUGACAACGUAUCUGAAAUUGAGCGUCCAAAUUCAAUAGCGCUUGAGAAGAGAAACGGGAAUGAAGGGAAGAAACAGAGACUGAGACAGAGCACGGAAGGAAGGCAUUGUAUUAUAUGUAUGGGCAGGACAUUGGCAGAUAUAUUAAACUGUGGCUGUGGCAUUGUAAUGGGCGUUAUUGGUUGCAUAUACUAUGACGGUUGACCGGGUCAGGAUACAUGGCGAUAUUUCGUAGCAUGGUUGGUUGUUGCUUUCAGGGGUGAGAUGAAUAUACGCGAGAAUUGUAUAGAAACGCUUCAAACUUAAAUUGCGCCUU